AAACUAAUUUUACAUCUUCUUAAUAUAGCUCCCGAGUCUCAAAACAACACACUUUCAAAAUCUGUUUUUUCUUUUCCUUUCUCUUAUAAUACCUUUCGUUCAUUCUUAGACUUUAUUUUCUUCAAAACUCUUCUAUUAAGCAAUCUUGGGUCUUCCCCAAGGUUUCUCAUAAAAUAAAAUGAUUAGAACAAAACUCGAGAGGCCUUUAGGCUGCCUCUUGACCCUCCUUCUAUUCUCCUAUGUCGCCGUCGCCACUUUUCACGACGAACCUUCUUUCCCAGAAGAUGCUGAUCUCACAAACGACCUAGAACAAAAAUGUUUUAGCAUCAGUAAAGUCGAUCCUAACCUCAGAUUUGAAAAUGAUCGUCUGAAAAGAGCUUACAUUGCUCUUCAAGCGUGGAAAAAAGCGAUUUACUCUGACCCGUUUAAAACCACGUCUAAUUGGGUUGGUUCUAAUGUGUGUUCUUACAAUGGAGUUUAUUGUGCACCAGCUCUAGACGAUCCUAGCCUCAAUGUUGUCGCUGGAGUUGACCUUAACCAUGCAGAUAUAUCCGGACAUUUACCACCAGAGCUUGGUCUUAUGACCGACCUAGCUUUGUUUCAUAUUAAUUCAAACCGGUUUUGUGGGAUCAUCCCCAAAAGUUUAUCGAAACUCGCUUUGAUGUACGAGUUCGAUGUCAGCAACAACCGAUUCGUCGGUAAGUUCCCUGACGUUUCACUUUUAUGGCCGUCGUUGAAGUAUCUUGAUAUCAGAUACAAUGAAUUCGAAGGAAGUUUGCCGCCAGAGAUCUUUGAUAAAGAUCUUGAUGCUAUUUUCAUGAACAAUAACCGGUUUGAGUCAUUUAUCCCCGAUACAGUCGGAAAAUCGAAAGCAUCGGUUGUGACAUUCGCAAACAACAAAUUCAUUGGAUGUAUACCGAAAUCAAUUGGUAACAUGAAGAACCUUAAUGAGAUUGUCUUCACUAGAAACAAUUUAACCGGUUGUUUUCCAAACGAGAUUGGUUUGCUUAACAAUGUGACCGUGUUUGACGCGAGCAAGAAUGGUUUUGUUGGUAGUUUACCUUCAAGUUUGUCUGGUUUAGCUAGCAUUGAGCAGUUGGAUUUGUCGCAUAAUAAGCUGACCGGAUUUGUUGUCGACAAGUUUUGCAAGUUGCCAAGUCUGGAGAGCUUCAAGUUUUCUUACAAUUUUUUCAAUGGAGAAGCUGAAAGCUGUGUUCCAGGGAGAAACAAUGAGAAACAAUUUGAUGAUAAAAACAAUUGCUUGCAGAAUAGACCGAGUCAAAAGUCCGCUAACCAAUGUUUCCCUGUUGUUAGUCGUCCUGUGGAUUGUAGCAAGGACAAGUGUUCUGGAGGUAGCAACGGUGGCUCUAGUCCAUCACCAAAUCCACCAAAGACGUCCGAGCCAAAGCCAUCAAAACCAGAGCCGGUUAUGCCAAAACCUAAUGAAUCACCUAAACCAGAACCACAAAACCCAUCAAAAUCCGAGACACCAAAAACACCAGAACAACCUACACCUAAACCUCAACCACCAAAGCAUGAAUCUCCUAAACCAGAAAACAAGCCUGAGCUACCAGAACAAGAGGAGUCUCCUAAACCAGAACAACCAAAGCCAGAGGAGUCUCCUAAACCAGAACAACCAAAGCCAGAGGAGUCACCUAAGCCUGAACAACCACAGAAACCUGAGCAUCCUAAACCGGCUUCACCACCAAAGGAAGCACAAGCACCGACAUCGGAAUUAGAUGAUCCAUACGACGCAUCUCCAGUUAGAAAACGUCGUCCUCCGCCACCACCCAAGAUAGAGGAAACACGUGUACCACCACCGCAACCACCAAUGCCUUCCUCACCACCACCGCCACCGGUUUACUCACCACCUCCACCAGUUUACUCACCGCCGCCUCCAGUUUACUCACCACCCCCUCCGGUUUACUCGCCACCACCACCUCCGGUUUACUCGCCGCCGCCGCCUCCCGUUCAUUCUCCUCCUCCACCCCCACCGGUCCACUCUCCCCCUCCACCAGUUGCUUCUCCUCCGCCGCCAUCACCACCACCACCAGUUCACUCUCCUCCACCGCCACCAGUUUUCUCUCCACCACCGCCAUCACCAAUAUACUCACCGCCGCCUCCAACCCACUCACCACCACCACCGCCAGUAUAUUCUCCGCCUCCACCAAUGUUCUCACCACCACCAACACAUAUAACAACUCAACCACCAACCGAAGCUCCUACUCCUGUUCAAGCCCCAACCCCAAUCACUGAAUCAUCCCCAGUGCCAACUCCUUCAUCAGAAUCAUAUCAAGCACCCAUUCCCAUUUUGUCACCAAGUCAAGCUCCAACACCGGUUCAAGCUCCAACACCGGUUCAAGCCCCAACCCCAUCGUCUGAAACAUCCCAAGCCCCAACUCCAUCAUCAGAAUCAAACCAAUCACCAAGUCAUGCUCCAACACCGGUUCAAGGCCCAACCUCAUCCUCUGAAACAUCCCAAGUACCAACUCCAUCAUCAGAAGAAUCAAACCAAUCACCAAGUCAAGCUCCAACACCGGUUCAAGCCCCAACCGCAUACUCUGAAACAUCCCAAGUACCGACUCCAUCAUCAGAAUCAAACCAAUCACCAAGUCACGCUCUGACACCAAUUCCUGAACCAGUACAAACCCCAACACCAAUCUCUGAACCGGUCCAUUCACCAACACCAUCAAACGAACCGGUCUCAUCACCAAAACAAUCAGAAGAAGUUGAAGCGCCAGAACCAUCACCCGCCACACCAUCAUCACCGUCAACUGACACAACUGUUCCACCACCGGAGAACAAGGACGAUGGUGACGAUGGUGAUUUCGUCCUACCACCAAACAUCGGAUUCCAAUAUGCAUCGCCACCACCACCGAUGUUCCAAGGAUACUAAAACCAGUGUGGUAGUGACAAUGUUACCCAUUUUUAACAUUUCUGUCCAUUUUUUCCAACUUAAUUGUUUGUUACAAAAGAAAGAAUUAAUUCGCAAGGAAAACAUCAAAAGUCAGUUACAAACGAUCAAUGUAAUUUUUUUUUAUUAGAUGAUAUCUUAGAAGAAAAC